AAGGCAGUGACUGUGCUCCACGGGGGGCAGAGGGAGGAGCGGGGGGCCGCUCAGGCAGGGUGUGGGCGGAGGGCUCUGCUCCCCACCGCUGCAGAGGCCGCAGCCCCUUCCCCAGCCGCAGCGUUCGGCUGAGGACGGUAAAUACGGGGUUCUCGGACCCGAGCCUAGCGCGGCGGCGAGCGUAGCCGUGGGAGCCGGCCUCUGCUCGUGGCAGCCCGCUGUCACCUUCUCUUCUGGCAAUGGGGAAUGGACUCUCGGACCAGACGCCGAUCCUCUCCAGUCUGCCUUCUUUUCAGAGUUUUCACAUUGUCAUCUUGGGACUGGAUUCCGCUGGAAAGACGACCGUGCUCUACAGACUGCAGUUCAAUGAGUUUGUCAACACUGUCCCCACUAAAGGAUUUAAUACGGAGAAAAUCAAAGUGACACUGGGCAACUCGAAAACGGUCACUUUCCACUUCUGGGAUGUAGGCGGCCAGGAGAAGCUGAGGCCGUUGUGGAAGUCGUACACAAGGUGCACCGAUGGCAUUGUGUUUGUGGUGGACUCUGUCGAUGUUGAGAGAAUGGAGGAGGCCAAAACAGAACUUCAUAAGAUUACUAGGAUAUCGGAAAAUCAAGGAGUGCCUGUCCUUAUCAUUGCUAACAAGCAGGACUUGAGGAACUCUCUCUCCCUUUCUGAAAUUGAGAAAAUGUUAGCGAUGAGUGAGCUGAGUUCUUCAACUCCCUGGCAUUUGCAGCCUACCUGUGCAAUCAUUGGAGAUGGACUCAAAGAGGGACUGGAGAAACUACAUGAUAUGAUAAUUAAGCGAAGGAAAAUGCUGAGGCAGCAGAAAAAGAAGAGAUGAGUUCUAUUUUGACCUUUCUAUUUUAGAGUAGUUACAUGGUCAAAAUUUGACAUAAGACGGCUUCCAAACCCAGGCCUGCUUGUUUGGAUGCCGUUAAGCUUAGUUACGUUAAACAAUCAGUUGCACAACCUUGCCGUGUGGAAGGCUGUGCAGUUAUGGAACUUUUUUUUUUGAUUAGUCUCUUCUGAGUUUUAUGGCUCUGCAUUAUUUCAGAAGCCCUAAUAGAUGAUGUAAUACUAUCAGGAAAUGGAUGGGUGGGUAUAUGUGACAUGGAUGUCUAAAUAGCCAAAUAAAAUGAGGGUUUUCUGCUUAGUGUUGUAUUCAUAUGUUUGAGGGUGCCCUCUGCAAGCAAUUUGCAUUGAAGGUGUUCUGUGUUUCCGAACUUUAAUGCUCGUAAGUGGAGUGUUUAGGUGAACAUUAUACAGCUUUAAAAACAUGUAUGAAGCUAGUAACCCAUUAUUUCGAGAGGCUGUUUUUUACCUUGUUUGGGGAUUUCUAUGAAAGCUUGGCUACAUGUGUAGGUUUUUUUAAUUUGGCACUUUCUGAAAUUGAAUCGUUCAGUUCAAAUACUUGAAAUCUAAGUGCUGUGGAUUCUUCAACUGAUAAAAGAAAGACUUUUUGAUGAGUAAGAAAUGUAAACAACACACUGGAGCAUGAAAAAGUGGUUUCCCAACAUAUAGCAUGUUUUUGGUAUGUAAGGUUUUUUUAUUUUUUAGAAGUAGCCAUUCAUCAUUAUACAGUACUAAUCAGGUUUAAACUGUUACUCAAAAUUAGUAACUUAUUUCUGAAUGAUGAGUAUUAUGUCCUCCUACUAUCAAGUUACAAGUAAAUUAAUUGCAGUAAAGGAGCUACAGAGAACAACUCUGUCUGUUGUGGUUCUAUCCACUGCAGCAUUCUUCACUCUACUGGUGACUUUUCUGGCAAUAAAACAAAAUUAUAAUGAAGUAAAGAUGGAGUUAAAAUUAGCAGAGCACAUCUUGUAUCUCCCCAAAAUACCCCAUUUUAUUAAAGUGGUGUUGCUAUGUCA